CUUAUAUUAAACCUUUCCUUAAAAGUCUACUAUCACCAAAUGACAUUUCUAAACUCGGAGGAGGCGCACGCGGAGUGACGACCCCAUGUCAUCUUCACGUAGCUACUUCAUAAACCCCAACGAGAGAAACUUGAGCAAAUGAUGCUGGCACUGGCAGUAAUCUGUUUAGUAACCCAUGGUUGACCUGGCCUUAGCUCAGUGUUUACGUUGGGAAUAGAUCGAGAUUCAGAGUCACAAUGAAUGGAACGAAAGGAGUUGAGCCGAACAACAGAGGCGUCACAGACGGCAGCCGGUUCGUCUACGAGGAUCCAGAACCAGUGACACCAGCCCCAGAUAAUGGAGCCGGUAACCCCGUGCCCGCGAGCAGGCCUUCCCCGGAUGCCUUCAUGCCGCGUCCCACUCGCCCUUUCCCCAUCUCGAGCCGAGACGAGAACCCCAAACGUGGAAACUGGUGGAACAAGAUUGAGUUUAUCUUUGCAUGUAUUGCUGUGUGUAACGCCCACAGCACGUUUUCGGUAUUGCCCUACCUGGUGUAUGCCAACGGAGGGGGCAUCUUCCUGGCCGUGGUCAGCAUUCUAUCAAUCCUGCUGAUGUUUCCAUAUUUCAUGUUGGAAAUGGCACUUGGUCAGUUCUCCAGUUCCGGGUUCAUCUCGGUUUGGAACUUUGCGCCGUUGUUCAAAGGACUUGGCUUGGUAGCAACCCUCUACCUCGUUCUCUAUAACGCACUUUCCAACGUGCUGUCAUCCUUUUAUCUUCUGUAUGGUUUCUACACCGUCUCGUCAGAGACUCUGCCGUGGGUAGACUGUUCCAAUGAUUGGAAUACUGUUCACUGUUUUGAUGGUUCCAGCGCGAUGACAUCGCCAGGGGUCGUUCAACAGAAUGUUUCCUUGCAGAACCAAGGGUUUUCCUACCGGUCUGAUUUUUACGUUGAUUACACAGCGCAGAUCAGCCCUGCGAACGAGUUUGCCAGUUACCUUAUUAUUAACGAACAGGAUGACUUGACAAACAUCGGUGGGUUGAAACCAAAUUUAGUGUUCAGUCUUCUUUCUACUUGGGGAUUGGUUCUGUUCUUGACAUGUCUUGGAGCGAAGCUGACCGGGAAGGUUGCCUUGGUUCUCUUGCCCAUCACUAUCAUCCUAACUUUCGCUCUUCUCAUACGCGGAGCCACCCUAGCUGGUGCCUAUGAAGGCCUCCGAUUUUAUUUUUUUGUUGACCUCCGGCGUGUUUGGUCAUUCGAGUUCUGGAGGAAUGCGAUGAGCUGUGUACUCAGCAUAGGAUUUCUUGGAACAGGUGUGUUCUCGUCACUUGCUAGCUACAACAAGUUCCACAACAACUUCUGCCUUGAUGCCUUCCUUGUGGUGUUGGCAGUGAUUAUCAUCAACAUCGUCCGUGUGCUGACGGUGGCUACUUUAGUUGGUGGCCAUUCCCACGUAGCGAAUCUUGAUGUUGGAUCCAUUGCUGGAGCAGGUGUGGACUUCUUGAUCAUAGGCAUGCCACAAGUCCUUUCAACUGUACCGACUGCCACUGCCUGGUCAUGUGUCUACUUUGCCACACUCUUCAUCACAACUAUAAGCUCAUCCGUGUUUGUUGUUCAAUCUUUACUGACGACGUUUCUUGAUGUGUUUCAUCUACCGCACUCCUGGAUAUUCCUCUUACCAACGAGUGGUAUCAUCUGCGUGCUCAGCUUCUUGAUUUCUCUCCCAAUGGUAACAGAGAGUGGCUAUGCCGUGAUAAGGGCAAUCGAUACUCAUAUGGUAGUUUGGGCUGCUCCUUUCGUUGCCAUUUUGUUGCCGCUCGCUGCAAUCUGGAUUUAUGGCACGAUUCCUAAAUGGGACAUUUUGAGACUGCCACGAGAGAUGCAGAUAAUGGUUAAUUUCUUCCCAAAGUUGUUGCAAGUGAUCUUCCUUCCUUUCUGGGCCGUCAUCAUCCCUUUAGCCAUGGUGUUAUAUUUCUGUUAUAGCUUCAUUGUGUCGAUGCUCUAUUUGGAACAAGUGAGUAACCCAUUUUGGAUGGGUUACAUCAUGUUGGCUAUUGGCAUCGUCCCUCUAUUUAUGAUACCAAUAAUUGUUGGCAUCUACCAAUUGGUCAAACAGCGAAGGAGUUAUACCUACUUAACGAAUUUAUUUUGGAAGGCUGUAAGAUCCUCCCCUGAAUGGGGUCCGGCCGUCGAGGUUCACCGGCAGCAAGCAGGCUACUCCAACACCGACACCAACCCCCAUCUGCUCAACUGUGAUAUUCACUAUAACCCUGCAACAACGUCCCCAACAAUCUACGUGCCACCUCCACAGGGUGCCGUGGUGUACCCACAUCCCCCGUCGCAUAGUCCACCUCCACCGGCCUACAACGGGUACUCCGAGCUUCGGUCUGCUAGUCCCGAUUCCACCAAGAACAUCUCGCCUGCUCCUAGCUCCGUUGGGUCCCCCGGUCUGCCCUCGACGUACCCGACCCCUCUGGCGGGGUCUCAGGUCCCUCCAGCCUCCCCAGCCACUGUUUCAGCCACGGACACUAUGGGUUCCAAUCGUUUGUACCCAUCAGCACAUUUGGAUUACACAACAGGCGCUGAGACUGAUCUCGGUCUGUCUGAACAGGAAGAUUCACCUUUCAUCAAUACGUCCUCACACGAAACAACUCUUUGAGAUGUUUAAAAAGACCGUGAACAUUUUUCUCCAGUUUAAAUUAAUGCACCAGCUCCUAUUCAAACUAGUUUUUUAGUUUAACAUAAUGGAUGAGUCAAACGCAAUGUAACUUCACUGUAUACACGUGUGCUCCUCUACGAAGCCGUUUUGAUAGCAAACCUGGAUAACUACUGAAAAUUGGCAGCACUUUGAUUUGUAUACUGUCUACACCAAAAGUCCCAGUAGUUUAAUAUAACAUGACAUAACAUUGUUGGUUGUUAGUUUAAAA